GUAGAACUUACAGAACAGGUGGGUAGAUAUAUAACACACUCUCGACGCUGGCACACUGGUGGAUGCGGGUCCUCAUGUCCCCCAUUCUCACAUUUCCACAGAUCAGACGGUCCGUGCGCCGGGACUUUCCUUCUACCAAAUGGCCGCCCGCCGCAUCUCCGUCAUAGCAUCCAAGAACAUCUGGCCGCAUCCCCUCCCCUCCACAUAACCAUGCCGCCUCUCCCUUCCACCACGCAAUCCCUCACGAUCCGCCUGAACACACUUUCCGAGUGGAACAAGGAGACACUUUCGCUCAUACAAAGACUCUCGAAACUUGACUUCCAGCCGGGAGCUCUACCACAGAAUUCCGACGAGGGGGAUGCGCGAUUGGAACUCAGCGCUGAGAUCCACGAAAGCUUAAAGCAGACGGAAGAGGAGCUUGAGCUUCUAAAACAGGAGGUUGAGGACGUUGUUCAGGGUACUGGAGGUUCUGCGAGACGGAGAGACAGUGCGAAGGAGAGUGAGCGAUCCAGACUUGCUGUGCUUCUAGCCAGGUUGACGGAGGACUUGAGAUCUACUCGGACACAGUUUCGAAGAGCUCAAUUAGCGGCCAAACACAACGCCGACAGAGCGAAACUCAAAGAACGCGAACUCCUAUUCUCAAACCUACAAUCAGGAACAUCUACACCGUCCUCCGCCUACCGCCGGAAACAGAAUUCCCAGCUCACCGAAAGCGAGAUAGUGGGACAAGCUUCCUCGGAUGUGACAGCAGCUCUACGUCGCACCCACCAGUUGAUGCAAAACGAGCUUUCGCGCUCCAGAUUCGCACAGGAAACACUCGAACAAUCGACAGCCGCCCUUGCCGACCUCGGCGAGAAAUACACAGACCUAAGCACUUUGCUGUCAAAUAGCAGAGCGUUGGUCACGACACUGCUCAAGAGCCAGAAGUCGGACACGUGGUAUCUUGAGACUACGCUCUACAUCCUCAUAACUACGGUCAUCUGGCUGAUCUUUCGACGUUGGCUGUACGGACCGAUAUCCUGGUUCAUUCUCUGGCCUCUGAAAAUCGUCUUCAGGGUUAUAUUUGCCGUCGUCCCUUCUGCCGGCCUUGCCAGUGCAGGAUCAAGUCUAUCUGCCCCUUCUGAGCCCAGCACCAGCUUGAUCGUCAAGCCGAGCGCUACAGGAGCAAUCCCCAAGCGAGAUCCAAACCUACCACCACCUUACGUGCGUGUUGGAGGCGGAGGAAGAGGGUAUCGUCAAGACCCCAGCCCACCGGGAAGUUAUUCACAGCAAGUCGGCCAAAUGGCGGAACAAAACCGGAAUCAGCAACAGGAAGAGGAGGUGAUCGACCAUCCACAAUUGAGGAAUCAACCACAGGCUAGCGAGAAAGACGGCGAGCCAGUGGUACGGGCGGAUGGAACCGUGCUGCAAGAAAGUGACAAACCGAGGAACCCGAAAAAGAAGAUGUGGGAGGAGAACGUCGAAGCCGAGAAGCACGCACAGGCGCAACAGGAGCAGCAACAGGAUGCUACCCAGGGCCAGCAGCAGCGAAGGAAGAGAGAUGAAUUGUAACCGUCAUUGGACGAUGCAUGUAGUACACGAACGCAAUGCCAUAUAUUCAGAUACCCUCCCC